UCGCGGAGUUUCACAUGGAGGAGGGAAGAAUGGAAUGAGCGCCAGGCGUCGCGUCGGCGCGCGCGUGAGUGCGUGAUUUGUGUUGGUUGUCUUCCUCUUGGCUUCGCUUCGCUGCUUUGCCGCGCCUUCGCCGAGGGAGGCCGACCAACGCAUCAAUCAAACACACAAGCACACCACGCGGACGCAGCAGCAGGGGAGGAGACAAUUUCCUAUUCUUCCUCGCCCCGCGUCGCCUCGCCUGAGUCUGACUCUCCAAACGCCGACCAGUGACGCCGCGAGCCUUGCCCCUUGCCCGCGCAGAUCUCACCAAACCCUACCAGAUCUGCGCCCCGCCAUGGACUCCGCCGCCGGCGGUGGCGGCCUCACGGCCAUCCGCCUGCCCUACCGCCACCUCCGCGACGCCGAGAUGGAGCUCGUCAGCCUCAACGGCGGCACCCCCCGCGGAGGCUCCCCCAAGGACCCCGACGCCACGCACCAGCAGGGGCCCCCCGCCGCCCGUACCACCACCACCAGGAAGCUCGUCCUCGCCUGCAUGGUCGCCGCCGGCGUGCAGUUCGGCUGGGCGCUUCAGCUCUCGCUCCUCACGCCCUACAUCCAGACCCUAGGAAUAGACCAUGCCAUGGCAUCAUUCAUUUGGCUUUGUGGACCUAUUACUGGUUUUGUGGUUCAACCAUGUGUUGGUGUCUGGAGUGACAAAUGCCGUUCAAAGUAUGGAAGAAGGAGACCGUUCAUUUUGGCUGGAUGCUUGAUGAUAUGCUUUGCUGUAACUUUAAUCGGAUUUUCUGCAGACCUUGGUUACAUUUUAGGAGAUACCACUGAGCACUGCAGUACAUAUAAAGGUUCAAGAUUUCGAGCAGCUAUUAUUUUCGUUCUUGGGUUCUGGAUGUUGGAUCUCGCAAACAAUACAGUUCAAGGUCCUGCUCGUGCCCUUUUAGCUGACCUUUCAGGUCCUGAUCAGUGUAAUUCUGCAAAUGCAAUUUUUUGCACAUGGAUGGCUGUUGGAAACGUUCUUGGUUUUUCAUCUGGUGCUAGUGGGAAUUGGCACAAGUGGUUUCCUUUUCUAAUGACAAGAGCAUGCUGUGAAGCUUGUAGUAAUUUGAAAGCCGCUUUUCUGGUUGCAGUUGUAUUCCUUUUGUUUUGUAUGUCUGUUACCCUGUACUUUGCUGAAGAGAUCCCGCUGGAACCAACAGAUGCACAACGAUUAUCUGAUUCUGCGCCUCUCCUGAAUGGUUCUAGAGAUGAUAACAAUGCAUCAAAUGAACCUCGUAAUGGAGCACUUCCUAAUGGUCAUACAGAUGGAAGCAAUGUCCCAGCUAACUCCAACGCUGAGGACUCCAAUUCAAACAGAGAGAAUGUCGAAGUUUUCAAUGAUGGACCAGGAGCAGUUUUGGUGAAUAUUUUGACUAGCAUGAGGCAUCUACCUCCUGGAAUGUACUCUGUUCUUCUAGUUAUGGCUCUAACAUGGUUGUCGUGGUUUCCCUUUUUCCUUUUUGAUACUGACUGGAUGGGACGUGAGGUUUACCAUGGGGACCCAAAUGGCAACUUGAGUGAAAGGAAAGCUUAUGACAACGGUGUCCGAGAAGGUGCAUUUGGUUUGCUAUUGAAUUCAGUUGUCCUUGGAAUUGGGUCCUUCCUUGUUGAUCCACUAUGCCGACUGAUGGGUGCUAGACUGGUUUGGGCAAUCAGCAACUUCACAGUGUUUAUCUGCAUGCUGGCUACAGCAAUAUUAAGUUGGAUCUCUUUUGAUUUGUACUCAAGUAAACUUCACCACAUCAUUGGAGCAAAUAAAACAGUGAAGAAUUCAGCCUUGAUUGUUUUCUCCCUACUUGGACUGCCACUCUCGAUCACAUAUAGCGUUCCUUUUUCUGUGACUGCUGAGCUGACUGCUGGAACAGGAGGUGGACAAGGUCUGGCAACAGGAGUCCUGAACCUUGCAAUCGUUGUUCCGCAGAUAGUAGUGUCACUAGGAGCAGGUCCAUGGGAUGCUCUCUUUGGGGGAGGGAACGUCCCUGCUUUCGCCUUGGCUUCCGUUUUCUCACUAGGAGCUGGUGUCCUCGCGGUCCUUAAGCUACCCAAGCUGCCAAACUCUUACAGAUCUGCUGGGUUCCAUGGAUUUGGCUGAGCAGAACACCAGCCGCAUGGUGUGUAACAUUGAGAAAUGCAACUCCAUUUUGCCAUUCGUUUACAGUGAAAUGAUUCUUUUUACCUACUACUACAACAGAAUAAGCUGAAAAGAUAGAGAUUAGGAUAGAGAGCUAGGUAACUAGUCCAGUUAGGUUGAUGUGCAUACAAGGCAAUUGGAAGGUGUAAGAGCUGUAUCUACUUUUUUGACAGAAAAAUGUAAGCUCUGCCCGAAUGACAUGGCGGAUAGAUUUUACAAUGGAUGUAAUCAUGUACUAUAUAUAACACGUUUUGGUCACAGCUUGCCAAGUUUCAUGUAUAGUACUGCUA